AUGAUCAAAUCUUGUCGAUUGGAAUUAAAAAGAAUCGUAUCUUUACUCCAAGCGCAAGAAGGGGAGAUCAAAGAUAUCAAACAUUUGAUCCGAGGGAGGAAGAAUGAUUCGUUGUUCACUCUAAUAGAGAUUUACUCAAAGGUCGAAAAAGGUAUUCGUGAUGCUGCUCGAAUGAAAGAUACCUCUGCUAGAGAAAGUUUAAAUACACUCAUUUUAGUUUUACAAGAAGGUCCAGAUUAUUUGAUCGAUAUCAUCCUUAUCGAAUCUAUAAUCUUUCAAGCUGAAAUUAUCGAUCCUUCUUUCGGAGCGCAAAUGAGACAAGUUCUUGAUAAAGCCAUAGCUAAGCAAAGUGAUUUAACCACUUUCCGAAAAGCAACAGAAAGUAUAAUAGCGAUCCUACUUUCUCUUCCCAAAGCUCAAAUAGAUGAUUCACUUUCUCAUUCAGCUUUGAAAUAUAUAGAAGGUUUGGUUAAACAACUUCAAUUAAGAGUUUCUUCAUCACGUCCUUCUUCCGUUUUCCCUUCUCCUUCUAUCUCUCCCGUAUCUCCACUGUCACCAGUAUCACCAGUAUCACCUCUUUCACCUAUUUCCGAAACUCAUGAAAAAUUAAAUGGAAUGUCUUUACAAGAAAAAUUCGGGACAGGUCCUAUCUCUUCUCCUUCCGGACCAACACCACAAGUUCAAACUGCGAAUAAAGUUGAAGGAAAAGGAAAAGGAAAAGAAGAAGAAGAUUCAGAUUCAGAUUCAAGUUCAGAAGAAGAACAAGAAAUAUGGGAAUUUGAAGGUAAUAGAUAUACACGUUCAGCCCUUGAUCUAGUUUUACGAUAUCGUUCUUUAGCAUUAGCAGAUAGUUCAGGUCAAUAUAAUGGGGAAGUCAGUUGGGAUGAUUUGAGAGAAGCUUGGAUACCUAAUUGGGCUGAAAAACUUAAAGUUGGUGAUGUUGCAGAAGGAGUGAUACCUGAUUUAAACCCUGCUAAUUAUCAAAUCAAAGAUCAUGAUGCUUGGGGGAAUAAAAUUCUUUGGGGUGAUACUGGAGUGUGA